CCGCGCCCGGGCAAGCCGCGUCUGUCCCUCCUCGCCCGCCCCCGCCCGCCCGCCUGCCCGGGACGCCUCCGGUCGCUUCCGUCCUCUCGGCACGGCCGCUGUCCUCGCUAGCCCCGCGUGGGAGGACGAUGGGUCAGCGCGGAAAAAGUGAAUGAGGACGGCGGCGCCGCAGCCAGCGCCCCAGUCGGCCGGCAGAGCCCGGCGCGCAACCCGCCGGCUCCAUGGACGCUCCGCGUGCACUGGCGGCCAAGCCCCCCACAGGAAGGAAGAUGAAGGCCCGUGCCCCGCCACCUCCUGGAAAGCCUGCUGCCCAGAAUAUCCACAGCGAGCAGAAACUGCCCUAUGAUGCCACACUGGGUUCCCAGCAAAGCCUGGUCUACAUGAAGGAGGCACUGCAGAACAGCACCUUGGAUAUCACUGUGGUUCUGCCCAGUGGACUGGAGAAGCAGAGUGUGGUUAGUGGGAGCCAUGCAAUGAUGGACCUCCUGGUUGAACUCUGCCUUCAGAACCACCUGAAUCCUUCUCACCAUGUCCUAGAGAUCUGGUCUUCUGAGACCCAACAGCCUUUGAGUUUUAAGCCAAAUACGUUGAUUGGGUCCUUGAAUGUGCGUACUGUACUUCUGAAAGAAAAAGUCCCUGAAGAGAGAGUUAAGCCUGGCCUAACCAAGGCACCCGAGAAAUCUGUACGUCUGGUAGUGAACUACCUGAGAACACAGAAAGCUGUCGUGCGGGUGAGCCCUGAAGUGCCACUGCAGAAUAUUCUGCCAGUCAUCUGUGCAAAGUGUGAGGUCAGCCCAGAUCACGUGGUUCUGCUCAGGGACAAUGUUGCCGGGGAGGAGCUUGAGCUGUCCAAGUCCCUGAAUGAACUAGGGAUCAAGGAGCUGUAUGCGUGGGACAACAGAAGAGUUCUUCUGACCAAAACGCAGUCUGAGCCUUCCCUGAGCUGUCAAGAAAUGUUAAGGAAAUCAUCACUUGGCAAUGAUGAGACAGAUAAAGAGAAGAAAAAAUUUCUGGGAUUUUUCAAAGUUAAUAAAAGGAGCAGCAGUAAGGCUGAGCAUCUUGGGCUGUCGGGUGCAGAUAGUGAUGAGGACCCCUCGAAGUCAGCGUCUGGAGGGGACUUGAACGGCUGUGUAACAACACCCAAUUCACCAUCCUUGCAAUCUCGGUCCCUAACACUGGGUCCGUCCCUCUCCCUGGGCAACAUCUCUGGAGUGUCUAUGAAGUCAGACAUGAAGAAGCGCAGAGCCCCUCCUCCUCCAAGUCCUGGGCUGCUGGGUCAAGACAAGGUAUCAGAAAAGGCCUCCCUCAGCUCACAGGCUGAUCUUCAGAAGAAGAAGAGGCGGGCGCCAGCUCCUCCUCCACCACAGCCGCCACCACCAAGUCCUGUGGUUCCCAGCCGCAAGGAAGAUAAGGAAGAGAACAGGAAGAGCACAGUGGGUGUUGGACGUCAGGUGCCACAAAAGCCUCCCAGAGGCACAGCUCGGGGCCCACCCCAUUUAGUGCUCCCCCCGCCCCCACCCUACCCUCCUCCUGACACAGAUGUGACAGAGCCUGUCACCUUUCCUGGGGAAGGCGCUUGUUCCGAGACCUCAGAGCUGAGACCCAAACUGAGUCUGCCCCUGGGGCCUGGCAGCCACUGCAGCAUGGGUGGAGUCUCACAGGUGCCAGCGGAGGCUGAGGAGACAGCAUCUGUGGGCAGCUGUUUUGCAUCAGAGGACACAACCGAGGAUUCAGGGGUCAUGAGCUCUCCCUCAGAUGUCAUCUCCCUGGACUCACAACAAGACAGCAUGAGAUCUAAGGAUAAAUGGUCCACAGACCAGGAGGACUGCAGUGACCAGGACCUGGCUGGAACUCCAGAACUGGGUCCCCAAAAGAGCCCAUCAUGGGGGAAAAAUGGUUCAGGAAGCUCAAUUCUAAGGACUGAGAAAGCCACCAUGCCUACAAAUGAUGAUGAAGAUCUAUUCAUCACUGGACACUUACAUCAGACCCUGGCAGAACUUGACAAAGACCUGGAAGGAAUGGAAGAAAAUUAUGAAACAGAUACUAGCUCUCUAACCAACUCUGUAAAUGGUGUAUCCAACCACAGUCUGCAAGAAGCGAUAAUCCCUGAUAGUGGCGUGGAUGACAUCCCAGUCACUUUUAUCGGGGAAGUCUCUGAUGAGCCUUUUGACUCAGGGAUGUUCUCUAGUAGAUGUAGCAAUGCCACUACUUUUAACACAGGGGGUUUUGCCAGCCAAAAAUCUCACCUGUUCCCAUUUCAGACUGAGCAUAGCCAACCAUCCAUAAGAACAAGUAGAAAAGAGCCUGACCCCUCCCCUCCUUCCCAAGAUAACAGAAAGAGAAAUCAGCCAACCUUAGCCAACACAUCUGAAAAUGAGAAUCUAGUUGAAACAGACCCCACAGUUACAUCACUUGUUUCAAAGCUUUUAAUAGAUGACCCAAAAGCAAAGGAUAAAGGCAAGGUGUGUGGUUCUAGUCACAGUGAGAAGACACAGGCAGGUCAUGGAAUAAACUCACUGCGAGUGAAUCCAAAAGAUGGUAAGGAUGAGAGCUCCAACUCAGCACCCCCACCAUGGUCUCAUCAUAGCCAAGCCUCAGGGGGAAGCUAUGGACUCAAGUAUGGCCUCACUACAUAUAAAAUUGUUCCUCCCAAAUCAGAGAUGAGGUGUUAUGACAGGGAUGUGUCCCUCUCCACUGGUGCCAUUAAGAUUGAUGAACUAGGGAAUCUGGUGAGUCCUCAUAUGAAUGGAAGCAGGACGAUAUCACAACCAUCAGCUGUUGUUGAAACAGAUGCUCCACCUAUUAGAAAAGUCAAAGAGUUCUGGAGGCGCAACUCGAUGGAAAAGUACCUGGAUGGGCCAGCUGAGUGCACUGUCAAAAGGGGCCCCUCCACCACCAUCACUGCCACACCAACAAACCCACAUCAAGAUAAUGGGAUGAAGGCAUCCUUCACACUGACCACUCCCCAGCAGCAGCCAGUCUCACAGGAAUAUGGAGCACACCUGGAGGAAGAGAGAAGCCGGCCACAUUCAGCAGUCUCUUGUCCUGUGAAAGUGCCAGCAUCUAAUCCCACAGACAUCACAUUCCUCAAGCCUCAGAGAAGAACAUCCAGCCAGUAUGUGGCCUCUGCUAUUGCCAAGAAGAUGGGGCCUCCGAAAGUCCAUGCUGAUGUGGUAAGACCACAUAAGAAGACUGCUGAACAGGGUCCUGAAAAAGUAAAGCUGGCUAGACCUCCUCCCGCCAGGAAAGAUGAUGCAGCUCCCAUCCUGCACUCUGGAGCAAGGCAGCAUGAACAUGGGACAAACCAGGGCUCUGUCUGCCUUCCCAGCAACCCUGGUGUGCAGUUGCCAGCAGGAGACCAUCCCAAAGUAGAGGUCAACAGCGCAAAUGGGAAGUCAUUGAUUCAAGACUAUCCUGCUGCUGCUGUCCACAGAAACUCCUAUUUCCUCCCAGGCAGAUCUUCCCAGAGGGAUCGUGUUUCUGUGGGACAGAGCUGUGGUUUCAAUGAAAAGCAAACUACAAGUAACCAAAAGACAAAUUCAACAUGUAACUCCUUGCAGGCACUGGACAAGGCGCACCCACCCCCUCUGCCCUUGGCAGAGGCCCAUGACUCUGGGAGGAUACUGAUGAAUGGCCCUGCACGGACCCCAGGAAAUUGUGAGCCUCCCCACUCCCCAAAAGAGUCUACCCUGACUAGCUAUAUUAUCUUACAGACAGAGGAAAAGCCCAGUUCGUUAUCUACAGAUGGUCAAGACGCAGAUGAUGCUCUACCGACCAGCAUUUUUGGGCCAAAGAAAAAAUUCAAGCCUGUCGUUCAAAGGCCACUCCCAAAAGAUAUAUCCCUGCACAGUGCCCUGAUGGAAGCUAUCCACUCGUCUGGAGGGAGAGAGAAGCUCCGAAAGACUGCAGAACAAACCUCAGAAGGAAGGCCAAAGAAACCGUCCUACGUGGAGGCAGAGAGCGAGCGAUCUGCCCUUCUGGCAGCCAUUCGGGGCCACAGAGGGACUCUCAGCCUCAGGAAGGUAUCAUCCCUUGCCUCUGAGGAACUCCAACGCUUCCGAAAUGCUGCACUUGUGGCUCCAGGUUUGGAUAAACCUCAACAAGAAGACCUUGGCCUCCCACCCCCACCUACCCUGCCACCACCACCCACUCCAGCCUCCCAGGAUCCAUCAGCCUCCAUAACGGUUUCUAGGUUCAGCAGCAGCACCCUCAGUAACACAGUAAAUGCUAGGCAAGCCUUGAUGGAUGCCAUCCGCUCGGGCACAGGAGCUGCAAGACUCAGAAAGGUUCCCUUGCUCGUGUGAGGUCCUACCACUGCAGAAACCACCUGUACAGCUCCAAGUAUCAUCACUUUAGAAAUCCACAUGACAGGAAAUGAAACCUUCAAGAAGUGGCGGUACUUUCCCGUCUCCAGGCCAACUUGCCCGCGGUGGAUUUUCAGUGUUCCUACAUAAUGGUCAAAGGGGAGAUGCUGCUUUGCUGUGUGACUUGUGUGCCAAGGACAUAUGAUCUGCCUCUGAAUGCUCACAGUUGCCAAUAAACUGCUCUUGUUGGCAGAGUAAUGGGAAUACACAGGCUGGAGCCCAACACUCACACUUGAUUAUAGCUAUGGGCACAAGGAAUUAUGCCUUAAGUUGAUUUUUGGAUCUUUGAGACUUUGACCACAUACACAUGGUUAAAAUCAUUUAUGAUCUUUUGAAUUCUAGGUGGACAAAACCAUAAAUCAACAGAAAUAGUCAGGAUCUAUCACAUGCUCCAGGAUGCUGUUUCUGGAGUAAGAAGUGCAAUGAAGGAAGGCUGCCGAGAUGACUUUUGCAGGGUAGAAAAGCAUCAGAUUCAUAUUUGAAUUCCUCACACAGUGAAGACUCACACCUCACAGAUGAUCCUGGACCGUGAUCUGACCAACUAAGCUUUUAAAAUUCCACUGUUGCUGCCCAGAGUAGCAGCCCUACUUGACUGUGUGAGCAAGACAUUCCUGGCUCCUUAGAAGGUGAUGGGAAGCAGAGAUGAGAACACUGGAAGGGCUGUCUUUUUUUUUUUUUUUAUAGAUUGUGUCCCACUUGUAUAGUACCCCUGUCCCUGCCCAUCCCUGAUGUCCCAGCAGGCUAUGACAUGCAUCAGGUCACUGUAAAGGAGCUUUGCAUGGAGCCUGAGACUUCACCAGUAGCUUUCUGAAAUCCUGCAGAGGGCCAGAGAACAGGGUGUUGAGGACCUACAUGUAGCAGAGGGCAGUCCACAUCGUGCCACAUAUUCUGUGGCUUAUAUUUUAUCCUGACACACUUUGGCAUGGUCUAGCAGCUGCCCUGGUAUUAUAUGACAUUCUUAUAGUACAUUGUGGGUAGAUACCAUCUUUAAAGAAUUUAAACUCAGCAGGAAGUUUUGUGUUUUUUAAUGUGUCUCUAAAACCUUUUCUUAUAUGGAGAAAAUCAAGACAGCAAUAGAAGUCGAAAUGAGUUCAUGAUAUAAAAUCUCUGCCUUACUGAAAAAAAAAAAAAAAACCAUGAAAUCCUUUUCCUAUUUCUCCCUGUUUUAAAUCUAGGCAUCGGGUAGAGUGGGAACUUGGUACUGUGUGAUUAACAUUGCUAAACUUUCUCAGUGAGGCAAGAGCUACCAGCCAAUUGCUCUUAGUCACAGCUGUCUGCUCUUUCUCUUAGUGCCACAAAUAAAUGCAAAUCCAAUGCUGUAA